UGCACUUGGUGAGGUACUUUGGAACUGCAGUCUUUCGAUGUUUAAACCUUUAUUUCUUCUGUAAUAACUGAAGCUCCUUAUCGGAUGGAAAAGAUUCCACGAACAUUUUCACGCCAGUCAUAUUUCUGCUGAUGAUUAUAUUUGUUUCGUCAAUAAAUAUUACAGCAGUACAGUGAACUUUCUCGACACGUAAACUUGGCGUUAUAGAAUUUCCAAAGUUUUCUUUUGAGAAGGAAAGUGUUAGUUACAGAGUGAAAGUAACAUGGAAGUUGAUAAAAUUCUAGAAGAAAGUAGUAGUAACAUUACCACGAUAUCUGGUCGACCGUGUCAUAUAGCUGUCCAGUUGUCGAACGGACAGAAUUUUGAUCAUAAUCAGAAAGUCCCGCGGAUCGAAAUUGAGGGCAAUCUGUGGCGCCAGGAUAGCGACAAAAGUGAUUCGGUGCGGUCCUCUGACGGAGCUGUAGCCCCUAGUCGCAGUAGCAGACGGUCAUGCCGCCACGAGAGCCGUCGCCUGAGACGGUCGGUUUCAGCAAGAGAAGCGGAGCUUGUUCGGCCUAAAGUGAAAAGGAGUAUCAGCGAGAGAGGAGAACAUCUUAUUCGACACCAUCGGCACCACAGACGGCUGUCCCAGCGAAGUCGCCCAGUAUCAUAUUCAGGCAUUACGGCUGCAGAUCGUCCCACAUUUCCAAAUAAUUUGAAAAAUGGUAAUGUAUCUUCCCUGUCGGAUAGUGGAAGAACUGUGGCCGUUGAGUUAGGACCAACUGAAACACCCGGGGGACCUAAAGAAACACGCCGGAAACAUAUGGUGUUUGCAGUAGUUUUGAUUUCUCUGGCAAUUCUUACUGCAAGUGUCCUGUUAGUAACAAUAACGUUGUUGUUAUCGCCAGGAGUGGAUAAUGUCAUACGGAAAGAAAAUCAAGAAAUAUUUCGUGUUUGGUCUUCAACUUCUACUCCACAAGAGGGGGCGCAGAAUGCUUUGGCUAACCAGACUUACAAAGCUACCGGACAACCAGUAUGACCCUGAGAGUAGAGACAGUUUUAUCAGAUAAAGAUAAAAACCAACUUUUUGCUGGUUUAAUGCUACUUAGGUGUACUGCCAAUCGGACUAGAGUACCGAGCAACGCCAUCAAUAUGUUAUCGUGUUCAAGGUUUCAUAGAUUCUGUAGAGUACUUAACAUUUAUUUUACUCUGGGAUGCUGUUUUCAUAUAAAUAAAGUUGUAAAUCAAAAUAAUCUUCUGAGAUUAUUUUCACUGUUAGAUUGGUGCUUUUUGGUGCGAGACCUAAUAAGUCUAGACAAUUAUAGUAAGUAGAAGGUAGGGUAGAGCCAGUUUUGCUUAGAAAAGUGCACUUUAUGAAUUAGUAGCUGGCAUUAAUUAGUUUUGGAAUGAAAAAUUACCAUAUUUAUAGAUAAAUAGAUCUAACUGUUCAGAAACUUCAUUCCACUUUUUUAUAGCUAAGAAAUAAGCGUUCUGCUUAACAUGUUAUUUAUGUAUUUAACAAAUAUUGUAGAGUCAUUUCAGUAUUGUUUCUUGUCUUAAUGUUAGUAAAAAUUAAUUUUAUUUAUUAAAUUCCUUCAUGUAUUUAUUGUUUCUUGUAAAGAAAAAUUGUUUCUAUUAACUACUGAGCAUUUUGAAAAAUUGGUAUAGCUUCUGAUGUAUAUCCGAAACGUCACGUGUUGAAGAAUGAAAUUUAAGAGCAGCUAUUUAAUUUAUUGUUUGCAUUUCUGUAUUUUUUCAUUACUGAAUUUAUAUUUUCAGCUAAUAUAUGCUUAUUCUAAAUUGAAGUUUUGUUUGUUAAUUUGUUUAAUUUGCUUCUAAACAGUGCCAGAUCCACACUUAGAAAUAGAUAUCAUCUAAAUUGUAAUAGUUG